AUAUUAUUAUUUUUAGGCUAAUUUGGACGAUGACAAUUGCCAUGGGUAUUAUAUGAAUGUAAAAAAACUGUUGAUGUCAUAAGAAGGGUAGCAUAAACGUGUUCAGUGGAAAAAUAACCGGUUGUAUGGACUAAAAUGCGGAAGACUACUUUGUGUGCCGAACUAAAUAAGUUUUCUGUCCGUGCUCAAUGUUGUUUAUGGACCGUAAUAAUAUCGACCGCAUCGAAUUACUUCCAAAAUAUAAAUUGAUCUUGUUAAAUAUGCUGUGUUUACAUUUUUAAGUACCAUUGGUUCUGCUUAGAAUUAGUUAUAGCGUAUGACGAAUGAAUUGAACUAUGUUUUGAUGCGUCAUGUCUUCCAAUGCAUACAAUUUUAUUCAGUUCGUUGUGACAUGAAGCUAAAAUGGCGCUUUUGCGUGUGGUUAAUGUUCUCGUGAAGAAACAAAUAUUAUAAUAUUUGUACAUUUGUGCAUAUACAUUAGUACAUACAUGUUAUUUUGAAAUAUUAUGUGUAUGUAAUGAAGGAUGGUACACGUUUACGUUGCUUUUUGUUUGAGUUUUAGCUUAUGUUGAGAGGAACCAGAAGUGAACGUAUUAUCCCACCUGAGGAAUGUCAAGAUUUCAGACGUGUGAUUUUGCACCGUACUUUUGACGUAAAAAGACAGCAGUCUUCGAUUAAAAAUGGGUGGAAUAUGAGAAUUGGCUAUUGUGUUAAGUGAGACUACGUGCAAAAGUGACUAUUCAUGUGUAAACAUUCCAAAAGACAAUACAACCUACAACAAUUUAUUUGGUCGAUCUUAUAAUUAUAGAACCUGGAUAGUGGAAGUAUGGCCUUCAAUGAGGUGAGUGCACCAAUUGUGAUGUCAGCAUGCCAGCAAAGGCGGGACUUGGUAAUCAGAAGGUGGACCCUGAGCUGAUCUUCACAAAACAAGAACGAAUUGGCAAAGGAUCAUUUGGUGAAGUAUUCAAAGGUAUCGACAACAGAACACAGCAAGUGGUAGCAAUUAAGAUAAUAGACCUUGAAGAGGCUGAAGAUGAAAUUGAAGAUAUUCAACAGGAGAUCAUGGUGUUGUCACAGUGUGACAGCCCCUUCGUUACCAAAUACUUUGGAUCAUAUCUCAAGGGUACAAAGCUAUGGAUUAUUAUGGAGUAUUUGGGAGGAGGUUCAGCGUUAGAUCUCAUGAAAGCUGGAAAUUUUGAAGAGAUGCAUAUUGCCAUUAUACUCAGAGAAGUUCUCAAGGGUCUGGAUUAUCUACAUAGUGAAAGAAAACUGCAUAGAGAUAUUAAAGCUGCCAAUGUUUUACUUAGUGAAAUGGGUGAUGUUAAAUUAGCAGACUUUGGAGUGGCAGGGCAACUCACAAAUACUACCAGCAAGAGGAACACGUUUGUUGGAACACCGUUCUGGAUGGCUCCAGAAGUUAUCAAGCAAUCAGCAUAUGACUCUAAGGCUGAUAUCUGGUCAUUAGGAAUUACAGCCAUUGAACUUGCCAAGGGAGAACCUCCCAACUCAGAGCUUCAUCCCAUGAGGGUACUUUUCCUAAUUCCUAAAAAUAAUCCCCCACAACUCACAGGAAAUUAUACAAAACAGUUUAAAGAAUUUGUAGAAGCUUGCCUCAAUAAGGACCCUGAGAAUAGACCCACAGCUAAAGAAUUGCUCAAGUUUCCUUUUAUUAGAAAAGCAAAGAAAAAUUCAUAUUUAAUUGAUCUUAUAGAUCGGUACAAAAAGUGGAAGUCUCAGAGGAGUGAAGAAAGUGAAACAGAAUCAGAAAAUUCGGAUUCAGAAGAAUCAAAACAAGACAGUGAUUUGGAUGAACCAUGGAUCAUGACAGUUAAAGGCCCACACUCCAUAAAACCACCUAAUGAUGAACCUGCAAACCACAAGAUACCUCAGAAGGUUCAGAAUGGAUCAGGACCCCCACAAACAAAAUCUCCUCCAAAGGAUUCAAAUCUAAACCACUACAGGAGUGAAAGGAGUGAAAAAGCUGCACCAUCGCGACCUCACUCCACAGCUCCAGCUGCUCCUGUUGUGGAUAAUCGCAAGGACAGAGACAGAGAAAGAGAAUGGGAAACUAAUGACUCCCAUAGUAGAGAAAAGCGUAUUUCAAAGGAAAUUGGUCCUUUGGAUCAUCGAGGAGAGCUUAGUGAAAGUGGAGAAAAGAAAUCUGUUCAGAGGGGUCGUGAUGGCAACACAAAUAGCAAUAGUAGCAGCAGCAAACCCAGCCAUGUACGGUCCCCAUGUCUGUCUGGUGUUAUCUAUCCUCUUAUUUCAGAGCUUCAGAGACGACAUCAUUACAAUUCACGUGGUCCUGAGUCUUCCCAUAAGACAGAUGCAAUUGAAGAGCUGAAGAAUGCAUUUGAAUUAGCAGAACGUGCCAGUCCAGGAAUCAGUGAUUUGUUUGUACAUGAGAUUGUUCAGAAGUUACUGCCUGCUGUCACAGAAACUAGAAUAAAGAGUGUUAUGGACAAACUUACUAGGGACACAUCAUAGAAGAACCUCCUUGUUGGAUAAGCUGCAGCAGGGUGAAGUGUUGCAGAACUCAGGACCUCUGUACAGCGGCUGGUGUCACUUUUAUAAAUAAGUUCCUUUGUGUUGUUAAGUAAUGGAAGUACACUUUCUUUAUCACUCUGAACUUACUUUUUGUUACUGUAUGCCAGUUUUUGGCUGGCAGUAUGGCUGAAAUGA